AUGGAGGCUGGCACUUCUCUCCGUUAUUUCAACGGAGAAGACUGUGAUCACCGAGAGUAUAGGAGGUGGAAACAAUGGGUCGUGAACAAAAUGCGGACCAUGGACAAGCUGGCUGAAGAUUCUCGUGGAUCUUUUGUUUGGACUCUUCUUUCUGGCCGUGCGCUCGAGGUUAUCGAGCACCUCAAGGAGAGUGACUACCAGGUCAAGGGCGGGGACAAGGUGAUCUUCGACCUCCUUGACAAACGUUGGCCGGAAUUGGACCGGACAGAUGAGAUAGGAGAAAACAUAGCUGCUGUAUUCGCCCUGAAGGCGACAGAGGGCGAGAGUGUCCGCCAAUGGUGUGCUCGAAGCCGUGAAACCUUCGACCGCUGUGCGCGAAAGACUGGAGUGAAAUUCCCUGAAGAAGCUCGUGGAUGGAUACUCCUGAAUUGCAGUGGUCUUCAAGCUGAACAACGUGCGGUCGUACUGGCACGUGCUCAAGGGGACUUGAAGUUUGAUCAGGUCUCGCAAUCGAUGAGGUCUUGCUUCCCGGACUAUGUGGUGCCCAAGAAGCGAGCCGUUGCCGCUGUGACCUUGGACGACCCCUCUUCUGUGUCAGAACCCCUGGACGAGCCGUCAUAUGACGGGUUUCGUGAUGUGGAGUUGUUUUUGGCCGAACAUGGCCAUCAUGAAGAGGAUCCUUCAUUUUCAGCUGGUGACACAGAGGGCUUCGAGGAGGAAGAGGCAGCUGAGAUUUUAGCUGCGACAUGGAAAGAAAAGAGGGCUGAGUUGAACAUGGUGCAAAAAGGACGUCGUUUUUCUGCGCCUGAUGCCCGCAAGGGAGCUGGAGCGUUCAAGGACUUCAAACGGUCCUUCAGGGUUCAGGAACAUGAAGUGCUAUUGGUGAGCAGUCCAGGUUUUGCAGUACUGGACAGCGGCUGCGGGAAAACAAUCAUCGGUCGCGACACGCUGAACUCCUUUAAGGACAUUUGGCAAAGACAUGGUAUUGCUCCCCGACCAGAAAAGGCGGAACGCAAUAGUUUCCGCUAUGGGAAUGGUGAACAAGAAAUGAGUGAAACUGUGGUGGACAUGCCCGUCUUCUUGGCCGGACGCCCCGGCUAUGUGACAGCUGCCGUAGUUAAAGGGAGAGCUCCCUUGUUGCUUUCUCGGCCUGCCCUGAAGAAGUUGCAGGCUCAAGUUGAUUUUUCAGGUGACACCCUGCAAGUUUUUCCUGAUCGAGUUCGGGUGCCCCUGGAGGUCAAUGCAGCUGGACAGUAUGCCAUCAAGGUGUCCGAUUUCCCAAGUCAGGCUCAAACCAUGUUUCCGCCGCUGGCCCAUGACGAGCAGGCCACUCUGGAGCCGACAGCAUGCAUCUCGGUGGCGUAUGAUCGUCAUCCCCAAAAACAGAAAGACUAUUGGGAGUAUAGGCCUCAAGAACGCAUUGUGAUUAGACACCAUCGUAAGCCCAGGGAAACCUUGUUCACACCAAACAACACACAGUGUCCAAUCGACGUGCAUCUUCUUCAGGCCAGUCGAACUACUACCGUCGAUAGCCCGGCCUCCGUCCUCCGAACAACAGAAGAUUUGUGGACCGAUCCGGAGAGAGCCCAUCGCAAACAUGAUUCGAAGCCGUGGACCGGAACCACCAUCUUCCAACUCCGACCCGAUGCGUCAGUUCCGAUCCCCGUCGGGGCCCAGGACGAAAAGCUGAGUGUCACGCACUGGACUGCCAAACAACAUCGGCAGCUCAUGGCUCAGCUGCAGGCUCCCGGUCCUGUCAAGGGUUCAUCCUUUGAUAUCAUCGAAGUGUUUUCUCCGCCUCGUUUUGCGCUUGAAGGUGCAAAGGUCGGAUGGUCUGUGUUGUCGGCCGACUUAUGCACAGGUUGGGAUUUCCGCCGCCGAGCCGAUCGUGAUGCACUCAAGGAGCAUGUUCGAACAAGCCGACCCAAGUUGUUAGUGUGUUGCCCUCCAUGCACGUGGGCAGGUGGAUGGUGGCACCUCAACCGCCUACACAUGACUGAUAAGGAGGUCGCUCAACGGGAAUUUUGGACCAGGGUGUUCAUUCAGUUUUGUUGUGAACUCAUGGAACUGCAGUUUUCGUAUGGUGGACAAUGUUUGUUCGAACACCCCAAAGAUUCUGUAGCUUGGCAUCACCCCAGCAUGGUGAAACUGACCAAGUUCAUGCACAUGAUCGUCGUCGAUAUGUGUCAGUAUGGCCUUCGAAUCCCAGGUGGCGACCUGAUCCGGAAGACCACAAAUUUGUUGGUCUCACAUGAGUGCAUGAAGGGAAUUGCCAAACGAUGCCCCGGGUCGUCCCAUGGAGAUCACUCCAGACAUCAAGUAGUGGCCGGCAGUCACCCUCAGGUAGGAGCGAUCAGUACUUUUGCAGGUAAGUACACUCCAGCCUUUGUGAAAGCUGUUCUUCGCACUGUCAAAGGACUCCCGGAAGCUGAGUGUCUCAUAGUGAUGGAUGACCGGAACAUCGAGAAAUGUGGUGCAUGGGAUGCCCUGAUGAAGCGUGUGCAAGAUGUCGAAGAUAUCUCACUUGACCUCAAGUGGGAGGGUUCCCCUUCUGGAACUAUGACCGAUGCUUGCAAGCGUCUUCGUGAAGAAAAGAAGUCCACAGGCCCAGAGAUGGCCUCAUAUGUUGCUUCGUCGGUGGGAGCGACCAUGCCCAUUCCGAUGCCGGUGUCGCCGGAGCAGGCCCAGUCUCCGUAUCCCCAAGGCAAUCUGCCGCCCGGUGUGACGUCGAUCAGCCAGUGGGGAUCCUCUUUAGUGGCCUUUGGCAAGUACAAGGGUGUGAAGACCUAUGAGGAAAUGCGUGAUCCCAACGAUCCUGAUCUCGCCAGCUAUCGAUCCUACUGCGUGAGCCAUUAUAAGACAGGGUCACCAGGGUUGAAAGAUCUGGUGGAUUACUUGAAUGCUUGUGCUCGAGCCGUGCUGAAGCUUCUUCGCGGGCCGAGCGCCAGGGUCGAUCCGCGGUCAUUUUUGUCGAAAGAAGUGACCUUUGCAGCGACGCCUGAAGAGGCGGGGUUCCCACACAGCUGGCAGUGUGCCAAGCUGUCGGGGCUGUCAGUGUGCGAGCGAUGCUCGUGUUUCAUGCACAUUUGCGUGCUGGUCUUUAUUUGGAGUUCAACUGCAAACUAG